CAUUGUGAUCAUGUUCGUGUUCGUGAAGAUUCUCUUCUACGUGUGCUGGUACCGCUCACGCCAGCGACAACUGCACACCUACCUGGCAAACCCCGGCACCACCCAGGUGGUGAUCGUGGGCAGUCGCGCCUACCUGCACCGGAUGUGGCAGAGGAGGAGCAGCCCGGCGUUCUACAGCUGGUACCCAACGCGCGACGCCGCCGCCGCCGCCGCCGCCGCUGCCGGCGGCGGCGGCGGUCUCCCGGCACAGUCGGUGUCACCAGCACCAUCCUACUGCCACCUGGAGGUGCCUCCACCAUACGAACACGUUGCUGGUACCCAGCACGCGGAGGGCACAAAGCCCCCCCCCUACAGUGAGUGUGUGGACCUGGAGGCCAGGGCUCAGCUCCCGGCACAGCUCCCGGCACAGCUCCCGGCACAGCUCCCGGCUCACGGCGGCCGUGGCUCCACGCGGUCGGCGCCACCGCCGCCGUACACCCCACGUGACGCCGCCGUCGCCGCGGCAACCACCGCACCACAACCGCCGCGGGAUGGCCGUGGUGUCGGUGGCGGUGGUGGUGGUGGUGGUGGUGGCGGUGGUUGUGGCGGUGGUAGUCCCCCAUGA